AUGCCUAGCCUGUUUUCCCGCCUCAAGGGCCGGGACGGCAAGGCCAAAAAUAAAAAGGCACUCGAAGAUGCUGCGAACCAGCAGCCGCAAAAACCGCGAUGGGACGACGCGUGGGCUCGCAAGACAAUCGAGCCUGAUGAGGUGCAGCAGUUGCUUCGGUUUUGCACAGAGGAAUUGAAGGCACGGGCGCUCGAUCUCCCUUUCCUACUGCUCCCUUUCCGCCCAACCUCCGACCCGAGCGCCGUCCGGACUUUUGUGCGACACUUUUUCGACGGAAAAGAUGGGGGUCAAUUGAUCCGCGGGGAGGCUCUAGCCCAGGAGCUGCGCAUGACCGAGCCAAUGGUUAUCGCUGGCGUGGUCAAGUGGUGCUGGAGCAGAUUGCCCGGUGGCGUUGUUGGCUGGGACUCGUAUGAGCUGUUCAAGGUCGGCGAGCAAGACUCGCACAUGGCCCGCGACUCCUUCAAGACCUUCAUUCCUCUCAGCGUCGACAGCGACUUCAAGUCGAGAAUUAUCUUUGAUUUCUUCGAUCUUCUCGCCGCGAUUGCGGCGCACAGCAAGACCAAUGGGUUCGGCGGCCGCAAGCUGUCACGCAUGGCCGCUUGGUGGGCGUUCGAGCACAACGACAACGGCAAUGGAUUCGAGGGCGGGUACAAGUCGUGGCUCAGGCAAGUCACGCCAACGCUGGGCGCGGCUGAUGCGACGAGCCAUUUGUUCUUCGCCUACCUCCGAUCGCUCGCGCCCGAGCCCGUCCGCGGUGGCAUCUCGCUGCUGCCCAUGUCGCUGCAGAAGCUCCUGCAGGAGACCGAAUACCCGCCCCAGCGCCCGGCGCUCAUGCAGAGCUCUACCAACAGGGUGGCCAUGAUCGUCGAUACCGUUUCGCCGACCCCCUUUGCCCUGCUACGGAGAGCCAACCACUUCCAAUACCGCGACGACGACCGGGCGCUUCAGGAGUGGUCCGAGUACGAGGACCCGAUCCAGGCGCUGACGGAGGAGUGCAGCCGUGUGCUCCGGGCCAUUGCCGCGGCCAACCAGUCACAGGCUGUGUCGAGCUCAAAACACUCGACCAGCCUGCGCGACGCGUCCUGGUCUCGGUUUGAGGAUAUCGGGUUUGCUAGUGCGCUGGAAGAGGACGAGUCGGAAGAUGACCCGGCGCAAGCCCUGCGCCGCGCGCAACAAGGGCUGAGGACUACGCCGGCGUCUGGCAAUGGCGAUCUGGGACGGCCGACGACCCCGUCGUGGGCGGACUUCCUCUCUUCGGGCUUUGUGGAUGAGCGUGGCGGGCCUAACAUGCUUCUCCCCCCUGACAAGGUGCUGCCGCCCAUUGACACCGGCAACAACCCCCGGCAACGGAGUUCCCAGUCGCACAAGCCGAGGCUGGAGACUGCGUAUCAGCUCGAGCCCGGUGAGCUGGCCAGCAUUGUUCGCUUCGAUCUCGAUGAUGCGUUUUGGUGGGUGUGGAUGAGCAGUCUGGCGCCUGAAGAGACGCCCGAGCGCAAAUCGGCCUUCGGGCGCUGUGCUGUGAUUGAGACGAUUAUCCGGGCCGGCCGGUGGUUGGUUAUGGAGGAGAUCGUCAAGGGUGCCGCUCCCGACCCGGAGGAGGGUGCAUACAUCGCGGAGAAGAAGGGCUUCUUCAGCUGGACGCGCCGCGGCAAGGGGCUGAACAGGAGGAAGUCGACCGGGAAAAACGCGCUGGACAAGAACGGAUCGCUCAAGGCGGGAUCCGCCAUUGGCCUCAGCAAGACGAGCAUCGGGCCGGACCAGCAGGCCCGGAUCCAGGCUGCGGCACUGCAGCUGCAGAAGCAGGAGCAGGAGAAGUCGUCGCCGGUUCAGGAACGGAGGGGACGGAAGGAUACUGACUGGCUGAACGAGAAGACCAACAGCGUGCUCACGCUUCAGCCCAGCAUCUUGAACGAGGCGUCGUCAGCUGCCAAGUGGGCUAGCAAGUACGACAAGGAUGCGAUUAAGAACGCGUACCUUGCCGAUGCGAACGCUGGCCGCGGCAUUAGCACGACCUCGCUCACCAACGGACAUGCCGCCCCGGCCGAUGAGCCGGAGCGCCGCCCGGAGCUCCCUCCCAAGGAGCCGUCUUCAUCUGCCCUGCCGCGCACCGAGACCCCGACACCGCAGACUCCGAUCCAAGAGAAGGAAGUUGAAACUCCCAAGGAUAUCCAGCCGGCGGAGCAAGUCAGCAGCAGCCUACCGCCGCCAGCCAAGGAGGUCGCAAGCCUCGAGCUGGCUCGCGAGCAGAUGGGUUCUCCCGAGCCUGGCUUGGGUAGUGAUGCGCAGAAGCAGAAGAAGCUCCACAAGGACAUGGCCAAGCCAGCGAUCGGUGGUGGUGGUUUCAAGAAGCUGUUCAGCCGCAAGAACAGGACCUCCAAGCUCCCGGACAAUGCUGCGGAGCAGGUCAAGUCGUUCCUUGCUGCUGAGGAGUCCUCCCCGGCGCCCGCUGCUGCUACUGCUGCUGCUCCGGCUGUGCCCCAGAAGGCUCCCGAGCCGGAGGUUCAGUCUCCGGUCAAGGAGCAGCCCGCUGCCGUACAGAAGCCGCAGGCUGUUCCGGCCCGCGUGCCUGUGCCUGCCCAGCAGGCCGUCUCCCCGGUUUCCCCGGUUUCCCCUCCCAAACCUGCCCAGCCAAUUUCGCCCGUGGCUGCUCCCACACAGGAGGACGCUUCGCGCUUCAACCAGGGCCCCCUUGUUGAGCAGCCCGCAUUCGUUCCCGAGGACGAUGCUGAGGACGAUGUGGACGACGCCGCUCCCCCUCCGAUUUCUCGUCACUCCCCGCACGUUCCCUCGCCUUCGGCCCAGGAACAGGAGCAGGAGACCCAGGCGGAAGAGAAGGAUAGUUCUGCGCCGCCGCCCGUUGCGCGGUCUGUCGACCCCCAGGACCGCUGGGCCCAGAUCCGCAAAAACGCGGCUGAGCGCGCUGCGUACCGCCAGGCCACGGCGCCCGCGAGGGCCUCGUCGAACUGGACGGAUGACAGCAGCGAAGAGACAAUCGAGUCUCGCGUAGCCCGCAUCAAGGCCAGAGUCGCGGAGCUGACCAACGUCGAGGGCAACGGUCCCAAUGCCCGUGGACCGCCCCCUCCUAUCCGCCGCUAG